AUGCUAUUUGCACAGCCUCCGUGCAGUUUGUUUGUACCGAUUUCACAGUCAGUACACCGUCGUUUUGACUGGCGUCCUGAAGGAAAUUUGCGCAAUGCAAAAGUUCGGAUGAGCAACAUGAUUGCUUCCAACACGGUAGUGCUCAUCCAACUGGCUUUGCGCUUUCGGCCCUCUACAGUGGUUGCCAUAGAGCAGCCAAAGGGAUCAUUCAUGUUCAAACAAGACUACUUCAAGGAGCUAAUCAAGAACCAUGCCUUGUUCAUAGUACUAACUUACCUAGGACUUUUUGGUCUGGAUUUGCUCAAGGGGACCCAUAUUUGCACCAAUGCACCGAAUUUCAAGAAGCUUGCCAAGACUGCAACGAAAGAGGCCAAAUCCAAAUUCGAUGCUCGCAUUGCUCGAAAGAAGCAGCGCAUGCAGCGCCGUGGCAAAGUUGCCAAGAGACCAAUUGACAAGCAAAUCCGCGAGUAUGCUGAGAAGAUAUCGCAACCGGGUGAAUUUCUGGAUUUGCUGGAUGCUACGAUGGUUGGAAAUGUGUUGGACAAGGAGAAUUUGGAGAUGUUUGGUUUGAUUCUUGUGAAUCUUGACAUUGCCUUCAUCGUUGAUGAAGAGAAAGGGAACUUUACUUUGCAAACAUGUGGUGCCCACAUGCAGGCGAUCGCUUCGGGUUCUUUCGAACUUAGGGAGGAUCAGAAAAUCGUGAAUCGAGCAUCGCCGAACACCUUAGCUCUACUGUUUUGCAAUUCCUUGUACGACCCAAAGCAGAGUUACAACCAUUGGAUUCCAGUCCAAUUGAGUGAGCAGUUGGGGGGCUAUGAGGCUUUUCAAGCGAUUUUGAGUGAAGAUAGGAGGAAAAUGAUGCGAGAACAAAUACAGGUGCAAGAAGAAAUCUCGGAGAUUGUUAUGCGAGAAGAUCUAGAGCCAGAUGAGGUAGAUGCUAUGACAGCAUCAUUGGAGGAUCAGUUGACAGAGCUUCGCAAUUUUUCUCUGUUACAACAGCGUGUUCGGAAACUGGGUGCCCGCCCAAUUCCUGUGCCGGGUGAUGGAAAUUGCCUCAUUUGGUCAGUUCAACGGCUGCUUCUAGGAGAUGCAGCCCCAGACCCCAACUCCCCCGAUGGUGCUGUCCAAAUGAUGGAGAUUCGCCAAGGGUUGAAAAAAAAAUGGCUUGAGUUUCAGCAUGAUGAAGUUUGGCAAAGCCUUUUCAGAAUGUGUUCCCACGGGGUGUUGAGCCACCAUCCUCCCACCAGUGCUUGCAAAGCAGAUGCGAUGGAUGUGACUCCGCCGAGGAAGAAGCCAGCUGAGAUUGCCGGAGAUCCCAUAGAUUUGAUCACACCUCCACGCUCAAGCUCUCCGACCACUCCUCCACGCCCAAGCCCUCCAAAGAAGCGAAGAAUUGAAGUUCAAACUCAUGUGGGGGAUGCAAGACCAGCAAAUUUGUUCACACCCGAAGUGACAAGUUCGUCAGAACAUGGUUUGCGACUUCCUGGACAGAACGGGAAAAAACCGAACUUCUUGGAACCACAGCUUUUGAAUGUUGAGGAGAAGUUUUCUGAAUUGAAGAUGCAAAUUCCAAAUCCAAAAGCUGAAGAAAAGCCAAAGAUGCAAAUUCCAAAUCCAAAAGAUGAUGACAAUCCAAAGAUGCAAAUUCCAAAUCCAAAAGAUGAUGAAAAGCCAAAGAUGCAAAUUCCAAAUCCAAAAGCUGAUGAAAAGCCAGGUCCCUCUCAGAAAGACCCGCUGGCUGAUGUCGACCUCGCGGAACUUGAUGAAGCUACCUUGGCAGGGGUUCCGGCAGAAGAACCUGAGGAUCCUUCAAACGAGCAAGCUUUGGUCUCACUUGAAGGCGGGCAGGGGAGGGCCAAGCAUGUCAGAUCCUGCCGCAAAAGGAUUCCAUCCACCGCAGAACUUCAAAAAAAGAGGCUGAAGACAUUCUUGGCAAGGCAAGGCUUGAGCUACGGCUGCUUCAUUACUCUUCACAAACGGCGUUGUGAGCUCUCCAAGGCUGCCGCAUGCAAAGAUGGAGGGUUUCCAGCCUUUCGAGAAAAGUUGAGAAUCGGAAAGCCACUUUCUUGCAAGUCAUGCCUGCUGUGGUUGGACCAAAAGGGGUUGACCAUGGAAAUGAUCCAAAAGGUUGUCAAGGAAGGAUUGGAACCAUGCCCGGACUUGGACCCACCGUCAGUACCUGAAGUUCCAGAUCCCCCACAAGGGGUUGCAGAAGUUGAGGGAUGCCAGAAGGUUGCAGGAGAGGCAGAAGAGGAAGAUGGACAUGAUGCAGGAGCCGCCAGAGCCGCAGAUCAGUAUGCUCUGUGUGUAGAGUAUGUGAAAAGAUUUGCGCCCCACAUCGAGCUAGUGGAGGGCGAUGGGAAUGAGAAAGGAUACAGAUUUGGCUACAGGUGCAGGCUUUGUGUGACUCGUGCUCAGCCCGAAGGAAAGUUGAACACACUAGUUCAGCCAAAGCUGCUGUACGUGAAACGGUUUUUGACUCAACACAUUGAGGGCGACACGCACCAGGGCAAACUUUCUCAAUUCAAGGAAUCACAGGCAAAGAAUUGUGAAAAGCCCCCAGAAGAAGUGGAAAAGAUUCCAUGCCCCGGACUCCGCGUGGGGGAUUCCACAGUGGGUUCUUUGCAUCAUUAUGCCCAGGAGUUUUCAUUGUGGGCCAACUUUUCCAAACUUGAUGGCCGCACGGUCUCCAACACAUUCUGGUGGAAUAGGUCAGAAGAUGCAUGGUUUGUGCGGUCUGGCAAGUGCCAUCAGACAAUAGACCAGGGCCUGAAGCGGUGCAAUGCGUGUGCAAUCCUGGCAGAACCCAGGGCCAUCCAGAGGAAAGUUGUCAACUUCUACUCCAAAUACCUCGCAGCACGUCUCUUGAACGCAAAGCUGUUUUGCACGGAGAAGCAAGUACAGGAAGUGGUAGAGCAGAUCAAGACCAGUGUCCUGGGCCAGCGGCAUGGCAAGUACUGCAAGAAGCUGUUGGAAUUGCCUCUGUUGAACUUGCAGAAACUUGUUCGUACUGGUUUCCAGCACACGGAUGCCGAAGAGAUGACGCCCGCUUUGCAAGAUUUUACUCAGAGCAUAGUCGCACCAUGCCUGCGUGUGAACUGCACGGCAAUCAAUUCCAAGCUUCCAGCACUGUCCAUGCAAUUUGCCAAUGCACUGGCUAAUCGAGAUUUGACGGAGCUGGAGUCUCUGAACAUUGCUGUGGCUGACUUUGCCGUCAUGGGCCGCAUGGAUGCAGAACCCUUGCUACAAGGGUUGUUGGUGCAGUUUAUGCAGAAGUUGGACAGAAGCGAAAGGGGUGUGAGUGAGAGAGGACGGAGAAAAGCCUUGUCUGAGACUGCCAGGAGUUUGGCUGCUGACUCUGCGAUCACGAUCAGCAUGUUGGCCGGGAACCGCAAUUUGGCCAAGACCUUGGCCCAAAACACCAAGCCUCCCCCAAUAGUUCUCGAAAAGCUUUCUGAGCGGGGGCUUCCAAACCCUAUGUUGGCCCUCAUGUCCACAGCGGCUGAACAGUUGGAAGAGAACAUCCAGCUCAUAGACCAGGCAUUCCCCCGCCCGCCAGGGGCUUCGCCGUGCAGAUUGAUCUGCGCGGUUGACCACACCUACCUGGUCAAAUCUUUUGCUCAGGCUACUUGGAAAGGUGAAGCGGGCCUGGUGGGCGGCUUUUGGACGGCCAUGGAAGAGGAAGCGGCAUGGAUGCCGUUCAGUUCCUUGCCGGAAGGGGCAACCAAAAUGCCCAAGGCAAAUCUCAUGCUGGAGUGCUUGGUGUGGGAUCCUAUGACCCAGACCCGCCGCACUUUCAGCUGCGCUGAAAUGCCGAUGAAGCUGAAGGCCACCCUCAACACGCUCACUUCCGAGCACCCAGAUCGCAAAGCUGGAAACAGAGAGAUGCUGCAAGUGGUGGGCCGUUUGAUGGCUUCUGGCUCCAAAAUCAUCAAGGGACUGACUUUUGAUGGCCAUGGGGCCCACAAUUGGUUCAGAUCUGCUUUGAUGGGGGUGUUUGAUGCAUCGGUGGAGGAAGAGUUGGGCCAGACGGAGUGGUUUCGGGAUCUCACAUGGGAAGAUCUCCCUUGCCAUGACCUGCCAAGGUUGCCAGUUAAGGUAUGCAAGCACCAUGGCCAGGUCAUUUGGCCUCUUCAGGGCCCAAUGCAUGCUGCCAAGAAUGUCUCCGGUCAGUUGAACAGUGUCUUGAGGACAAUCCACAUGGGGGUGUACUACUGCGAUUCGUCGGCGGCACGAGCACAUGGUCUGCCACCUUGUGCAUACGUGAGAUCAGAAGCGAUGAGUGACAAACUCAACUGCUUGUUGUGGAACCCCUACUUCAGCAUCCAAAGCCCAGACGCUUAA